AUGGCUGCAUUGCGUAUCGCGAUUGCCGCAAUGCUGGUGCAACAAUCGUUGCAAGGAUAUUCAGAUCUCACGUUCAUCCCCGCCACCAGUCGUGUCAUCUCUCUCCAUCAUCGAUGUAUGAUGGACAGGAGGAAAUCUGAGUGGGUUCCAGUCCUAGCGCCUCACCCUACUUCUAUCCGCGUCCUGGGCUUGUCGAUGCAGACCCAACGGCCCGAUUCUGUUAGCAUUCUUGAUGCCACACCCAAGGCGAGUGAUGCUGCAUGUGAUAUCAUUCCUAUCGUCAACGCCUCGAUGAAAUCAUUCUAUGGAUGCUGUGACCUUUCCGAGAUCCCCCCCGAGCUCGCGGCGAUGAGCUUCCUCCCAAGAUCGCUUGUUCCCUUCUUGCCCAAGUCACUCCUCCCCUUCAGAGGCCCCGACGGCAAGGAGUUCUUCGGUCACGACUUUGUCAACUCUCGGAAGCAGGUCUACACGAGGUUGAGCGAAGUGACGAGGAAAGAUCCCAAGACGAAGAAGCAAGAGCUCUGUGCCGUGGGAAAGGCUGUCAUCAAUAACAGCGGCGAGAUCGCUGGAGCUGUCGAGCUGAUCCUCGUGCCGUACCCUGCGCGCCCUUCGCCUCCCAAGCCUUACCUCUUCAACUUGUCGGUCCUGCCCCGAUACCGCCGACAAGGGAUCGCCCGAAAGUUGGUGGAAUGGUGCGAGGACAAGUGCAAGACGUGGGGCUAUUCGGAGAUCUUCUUGCAUGUGGAGAAUGACAACGUUCGUCAAAUCUACUCCAACUUCGGGUACAGAGAGACCUGGCAGCAGCCGACAUGGUUGCAGCUCAACGUUCUCAACAAGGUGCGUUACAAGAAGUUCUCGUAG